UGUACUUUUUUCGAGUCACAUCUAAAUGGGGGUCUCACUCUCUUUUUUUCUCUCUCUCUCUCUUCACUGCGCAGUCCUCAAACAUGGCGGAGACUGAUUGAAAUCUAAGCUUUGAGACACGCCAGAGGGGAGGGGAAAGACACAGACUGGAAAAAAAAAGCAGCCCUCGAUUGGAACAAAUAUCAUUGUCCUUGGAGACUUCUGAUCCUAAGGCAUGCUGGGCGUUGAGGUCACUAAUUGGAUUUAAAACUUGACAAUUACUUGGAAUUGAUGAAUGACGGGGAAAGGGACAUUGCAGCUUUCAGAGCUAUGAUGGGGACUGAAGCCUAAAUGUGUGUGGAACAGUUUUAAAUCACCAGCAAUUUGUCCUUCACAAAAGCACAAAUCUUUUGAAGGAUUCAGAUCCUAGCUGGUUUGAGUCCAUCGACAGUGUGUUCUGUACAAUGAGAAAACCAGGACCUCAAAAAGUGUUUGAUGUCCCAUCACAGUCUGAAAUAUGAGCACAUCUGUCAACAGGAGUAUUAACACAAUCCCAUCUACUGUUUGAGACAUUCUCUUGAAUUUAAGUUAUAGAUUGGAAAGAUGGAAAACGACAAAAGUAUGCUCGGAGUGGUCGCCCAUCGAAUACUCCAUCUCCAUAUCAAGGUCAUUUCAGUUGGGACAAAUACCUUAAGGAGACAGGCGCUGUUGCUGCCCCUCCCCAUUGCUUUAAGCAGUCGUUUACUCCACCUGUAAAUGAGUUCAAGAUUGGAAUGAAGCUGGAGGCUCAGGAUCCCCGGAACGUUACCUCGACCUGCAUCGCUACGGUUGUUGGAAUCACGGGCGCUCGCUUGCGACUGCGUCUCGAUGGCAGCGACAACAAAAACGAUUUCUGGCGACUAGUGGACUCGGCUGAAAUUCAACCAAUUGGAAAUUGCGAAAAGAAUGCAGGAAUGCUUCAGCCACCUCUAGGCUUUCGACUGAAUGCCUCUUCGUGGCCCAUGUUCUUGCUGAAAACUCUAAGUGGAGCAGAAAUGGCACCGGUCAGAAUAUUUCACAAGGAACCACCAUCGCCUUCCCAGAACUUUUACAAAGUGGGGAUGAAACUGGAGGCAGUCGACCGGAAGAAUCCGCAUUUUAUUUGUCCAGCAACGAUUGGAGAAGUGAGAGGCUCUGAAGUGUUGGUGACAUUUGAUGGCUGGCGAGGUGCUUUUGAUUACUGGUGUCGAUAUGACUCUCGGGACAUGUUCCCUGUGGGAUGGUGUUCUCUGACCGGAGAUAACCUGCAACCGCCAGGAACAAAGGUGGUCAUCUCGAAGAAUCUAUCCGCGCCGUCAGAGGUGAAUUCAGAGAAGCAGAGCAUGCAGACGUCGGUGGACGUCAUUUCAGAGCGACUUACCGUUCAGCGGGGCCGCAAGCCGAGGAGGAAGAAAAGCCGCAUGGUCCAGCCACCCUGUGUGCACAAACCCGAAAUGCAGCACCCUGUCCCCUCGCUCACCAAACCAGUGGAACCAUUAAAAAUCCCAAAGAAGAGAGGCCCAAAGCCUGGGAGCAAGCGGAAACCCCGUGCCCUACAGAAUCCUGUGCCAACCUCCCCUACCUCGAGUACGCCAGAGCCAGACACGAGUACAGUUCCUCAAGAUGCAGCCACUGUCCCCAGCACAGCCAUUAUGCAGUCGCCAACAGUCUGUGUUUACUUGAACAAAAAUGGCAAUUCAGGACCACACCUAGACAGAAAAAAGGUACAGCAACUUCCAGAUCACUUUGGACCUGCUCGAGCUUCAGUUGUUCUGCAACAGGCUGUUCAAGCCUGCAUAGAUUGUGCGUACAACCAGAAAAUGGUGUUCUCCUUCCUGAAACAAGGCCAUGGUGGAGAGGUGAUCUCUGCCACAUUUGACUGUGAACAGCACACAUUAAACCUGCCAGCAGUAAACAGUGUUGUCUACGCCCUGCGCUUUCUGGAGAAGCUGUGCCACAGUCUGCGGUGUGAUAACCUCUUUGGGAAUCAGCCUUUCAGUCAGAUCAGUGCAGCUAAUCACAACACAAUGGAGUACGGAAGCGACCGGUUCAUGCCAGGCAAAAACGAAUCAUCAGAGGCAGCUGUUCAGGGCCCAGGAAGAGGGACAAAAAGAUACACACAAGAUUCCCCACCGUUCAGUGCACCUCUAUCACCCAAACUACCAAAAACCGAUCGACAUCCUUCAGAAGCUGAAACUUUUAUAUUGGAGGAUGUGCACCCAGGUCCCAUGGAACACCGGCUAGAUCCCAUGGAUUCUGCCCUUAAUUCAGUGAAUUCGUCCAGCCUUCCGUGUAGGAAUUCCAGGGAUUUCCGAGCCUAUCGAUCUCUGCAUCACUCAAUGAGCCUAACGCAAAGUAAUACAGGAACCUUGCGACAGCUUAGUUCUGGGGGUUCUGACAGGUUUAUGGGAGCACGGGAUCCACCUCGUUUGAUCAGCAGAGAUCCAACCAGCUGGACUGUAGAGGAUGUGAUGCAGUUUGUUCGUGAUGCAGAUCCACAGUCUCUGGGCCCUCACGCAGACCUGUUCCGAAAGCAUGAAAUUGAUGGGAAGGCAUUGCUUUUGUUACGGAGUGACAUGGUGAUGAAAUAUAUGGGACUGAAGCUGGGGCCAGCCUUGAAGAUAUGCUACCACAUUGACAGACUGAAGCAGGGAAAAUUCUGAUUUUGAACUCAUCGUAUCGGAACGUACUCAGUAACUACUAAACUUCCAGAACGAGCCAUUUGCCCGGCCCCUAAUGAAAGGAGCACAUUAAUGGGGAUUUACUCACUUCUGGCUCAGCAUUCAAAUGCUGUGUGUCUUUCAGCAAAACCGUGAUACCAGCGAAACAGGAUUUUUUUCAGUGCUUUGAAUCACCAGUGAGAGGAAAAUCUUUGGACUUAUACAUUUGUUAUGUAAAGGCUGCAGCCCACAAUGAAAUGUAGCCGCUCUGAAUUUUCAGUAUUGGUUAGGAGAAGUCGCUAUCCACCUGGCGUGAAACAUUUUAAGAAAAUGCUCUGGAUAUUGCUGUUGUGUAGCAGUUUUAUUUCAUUUUACAAGAUUCUUUCAGUUAUGCAUUACUUAUUCCUCUUUACAGUGGGACCGGCUGUAUGUUAUACAAGCAUUUCACUGUGAUUGGCAUCUGCUAGUGACCAAGAAUCACUUUAUGCUAUUUGGCUGUGUCUCUCAUGUAUUUUAAGUGCUGGAAGGAGUUAGUCAGACUCAAAAGCAGUGAUGAAGCAAUGCCUUUUAUUUUUCUUCAGUUUGCUCCAAACAGAGAAGAAAAUUUUAAAAGUAAGUUAAAGGAAUUUUUUUAUAUUCUAUAAAUCAAGCCUCUAAACCAAGACUCUGAGGAGAAAAAUAGGGAAGGUGGUGUAAUUCCUUUAAUGAUGGAAAAAGUCAGUAUUCUUUUUGUAGCAAGAAUCUAAUUUCUGUACGACAACACUAUGUACAGUCCUUUUUUCUUUUGCUAAUACACUUGCUUUAUUUUAUUGUUUCUUCAUUUUUGUUACCAAGUCUGAAAUUUUGUACAAGAUGUUAUUUAGCAGAAUUGAACAUGUGGCAUUUGUGGUUUCUAAACUUUUACAUAUGGCAAACGUCCGAUUGGAGUCAUUAAUAAUGCAAACUAAGUCAAUCUGAGGAAAUUCAUAAUUUAAAUGGCCUUUUUUUGAAAGAAAGAUCUAUGCUUUGCCAAUUCCUCACUGUCAUCCACCUCCCCUUCACUCCCCACCAUCUGAAGAUGAUUGCUGGGAUACAGUUUCUAUGGGUGCUGGUCACUCUCUGCUCCUUCACCUCCCAGCCAUUUAUGACGUUAGCAGGCAGUUUAACUUUUGGGGAUGUUACAUUGAAGCUCAACUCUGUAUUCACCCAUGUACCCUUUCCAGGAGAUGCCAGUUUAUAAUCGAGAAUUGGAACGCUGACUUCCCUUCACCCUCCAAGCCCAGAGUACCAAAAGCCUAUUGCAAAAUAGAGAUCACCACCCACGCUGAGAUGGGUUUAUCCUACACACAUUGGAAUUCAUUGCUGGGAUCUGCUUCUUUGUGUAUGUUACAGACCAACUGGAUUAUUGGGGAAAACAGAUUUAACUGUUGUAAGUUUGUAAUUAUAUGACUAUUCCAAUAUUGUGCAGAUUGUACCCCUGAGGGAAAAAUCAGUAAUGCUUGGAAAUGAACAUGCUGUUUGUACUGAAAUAAAAGGAAAAUGUUAA